CAAGCGCAGGGCAGUGGUGGAUAGAGACAAGGGCAGGCGGAGCAGAGCUCUCCAGUGGGAGACAUGAAACCUUAGAGGGGCCAUUUGGGCCAGCUCGCAAGGACCCUUCCUCACCAUCAGACGUGAGGAACAAUGAACUGGGCCGGGCUCUACACGGUGCUGAGUGGGGUGAACCGCCACUCCACCUCCAUCGGACGCAUCUGGCUCUCGGUCAUCUUCAUAUUCCGCAUAAUGGUGCUGGUGGUGGCAGCUGAGAGCGUCUGGGGGGAUGAGAAAUCUGCCUUCACCUGCAACACCCAGCAGCCUGGCUGCAACAGCGUCUGCUAUGACCACUUCUUCCCCAUCUCCCACAUCCGUCUGUGGGCCCUGCAGCUCAUCCUUGUCACCACGCCAGCUCUCCUUGUGGCCAUGCAUGUGGCAUACCAGCAGCACCAGGAGAAGAAGCUGCUCGUGCUGACCGGGCAUGCAGACCCCAAGCUCAUGGAGGAGGUGAAGAAGCACAAAAUGCGCAUAUCAGGUUCACUGUGGUGGACAUAUGUCUGCAGCGUGGUCUUCAGGCUGCUCUUUGAGGCUGUGUUCAUGUACAUCUUCUACAUGCUCUACCCAGGCUACCAAAUGGUGCGGCUGGUUAAGUGCGAGGCUUACCCCUGCCCCAACACCGUCGACUGCUUCAUCUCCCGGCCCACCGAGAAAACCAUCUUCACUGUCUUCAUGCUGGUCACCUCCAGCAUCUGCAUCGUCCUCAACAUGGCAGAGCUGGUCUACCUGGUGGUGCGAGCCUGUGCGCGCCGAGGCCAGCACAACUCCAACCCCUCAUCAGGGAAGGGCUCCUUCUAUGGGCACAAGCUCUCUUCUGAAUACAAGCAAAAUGAGAUCAACCAGCUGCUGACAGAGCAGGACGGCUCGCUCAAGGACAUGCUGCGCCGCAACCCUGGGCUGCAGGAGAAGAGCGACCGCUGCUCUGCCUGUUAGGGUCAGUGCCGGGGGGGGACCAGCCCUUGCCUCCAAGCCACAGCUGCGCCACAGCCCACGCAUAGCAUCCCUCAGGUGCUGGCCUGGUCCCGCUGGAUGGCCAGGAAGGCAUCUCAGGCCAUUAAAUCUCCAUUCUCA